GAUAUCGAACAACAAGCCAAUACCUUGCAGAUGUUAUAGAUAGAAAUGAACUGUCUCCAAACAACUCCGCUAAUGUGGCACAAUAUCUAAAUCAACUUGGAGAUAAAAUAAGUUAUUCAGGAGAGGCUAUCGAAAAAAUGUAUCCGGUUGGUCAUAGUGUUCUUAAGGAAAUUGGUACGGAACUAAACUUUAUUAUCGAAAGUAUUCGACCGGAACAAGUUCUCACACCAGAAAAUGUAUCAUUCUUUGAAAAUCGUUAUGGAAAGAUUAUAUCUACUGUUACUAAAUUGAAAAAUAAUUUUCAAGAAAUUAUAGAUGAACUUGAUGAACUUUAUAUUUUAUAUAAUGGAACAUAUCAUCAACUUGAAAAUGGAAUGAAUGAUGUAGAACUUUUUUUUGAAAAGAUAACUCCAGAAUUGGAAGAGUUUUACGACAUGGAACAAUUGAAACGAGAUCUAGGUUAUUUAAAACAGACAAUGAAGAAGGUUCCUGAUAUUCGGUACCAAAUUCAUCAUCUUUUAUCUGAAUUUAAUAAUCAUCGACAGAUUUUAAUUCGGUAUCGUAGUGAAUGGUCUAAAUUAUGGAGACGAAAGAUAGUUUCUUUUGAGGAUACUGAGAAAUUAGAAGAGGUGAUCUCAAGGGUUAAUAGAAUGGCUGAAAAAUUUAUGAAGAAAGAUCGUGAAAAUAUUGAAAGAAGAAUUUAUGGAUAA